AUGAGAGAGCCACAACACUUCUCCCUCCGACCCUCUCCUCAACUAGUCUUCCAGUUCAUGCCAGGAAAGGCCUGCCUUGAUUCCAGACCUGGUCACCGCAGUCUAAAGUCGCACAAAAGCUUUCUUCACACCACUGUUCCUGAAAGGAUUUCAUCAACAGAUGCAAAACACGAUCGAGAAAAUAGAAUUGCUUAUAUCAUUACAAUAGAAGGAAAACCAUAUUUUGUUCAUCUUAAAAAGCAAUCGUUUUUAUCUCCAUCAUCUCUUAUUUAUUCUUAUGACAAAAAUGGCACCGAACAUUCUGAGCCUUUGUUAGCUCAGAUGAAUUGCAAUUAUAAUGGAUAUGUUGCAGGUUUUAUAAAUUCUCUUGUGACACUCAACACUUGUUCAGGACUCAGGGGAAUAAUGCAAUUCAAAGAUGUUUCAUAUGGAAUUGAACCAAUUGAUGCUCUAUCAGGAUUUAUACACAUUAUUUAUGAAGAAAAAAGUAAUCAAAUUAAUAUUCCUCACUCGGGAAAAAGAGUCAUUUAUGCUGAGUCUGAUGAACCACUGCAUGAAGGAAAAAAAGCUAUACCUAAAAAUGAAUAUUCCUCAUCAUUAUUCCCUCGGUAUCUUGAAUUGCAUAUUGUUGUGGAUAAAAAUCUGUUUGAUUAUAUGGGCUCUGACGUAAAGACUGUAACACAGAAGGUCAUUCAUGUCAUUGGCCUUGUUAACACUAUGCUUGCUCAGUUAAAACUGACUAUCAUACUAUCUUCUAUUGAAAUCUGGUCAUAUAAAAACAAAAUUUCUACUGUAGGAGCUCUUGAGAAUGUGUUAUUUAGAUUUUUAAAUUGGAAACAUGACAACUUUAAAUUUCAUAAUAACAUUUCAUAUUUAUUUGCCUUUGUGAAACAUUCUGCCUCUGUAGGUAUUACAUUUCCAGGAAAAGUAUGUGAAAAUAAUUUUGAUGCAGGAAUUGCUCUGUAUUCAGAGGGUUUAUCCUGGGAGUCAUUUGCUGUCACUAUUGUUCAGUUGCUCGGAGUUACUAUUGGAUUGGAUUAUGAUAAUAGUGCCCACUGCUAUUGCUCAGGAGAAACAUGCACAAUGACACCAAAAGCAAUCUAUGCUGCUGGUAUAAAGGAUUUCAGCACUUGUAGUGUGGAUAAUUUUAAAUAUUUAACCUCAAAACAUGGCCUUUCAUGUCUUGAGAAGAAUCCUUUUGAUAUGCCAGUUCAGGUAGAAGCACAAAGGAAAAUAUGUGGCAAUGGAAUAAUAGAAGGUACUGAAGAAUGUGAUUGUGGCACUUCAAAGAAUUGUACACAUAAAGACUGCUGUGAUCCUUCAUCAUGUAAGUUAAAACCCUCAGCAGUAUGUGGCUCUGGAGAAUGCUGUACAGUACAGUGCAAGAUAAAACCAGCUAAUAUACUUUGUAGGAAAUCAUUUGAUUCUUUCUGUGAUUUCAAAGAAUUUUGUGAUGGGAAAAAUGCAUACUGUGUGGACAACACUUUUUCUCGCAACGGACAAGAGUGUGAUUCGGGUAGAGGCUACUGCUUUGAUGGAAUAUGUCGGUCUUUUGACAAACAGUGUCAAAAUUUAAUCGGAAGUGAUUCUAGAGGUGGUUCAUUUGCUUGUUAUGAGGAAAUAAAUUCCAGAAUUGAUAGAUUUGGAAACUGUGGCGCGGAUGUUUGUCAUUUUCCUCAUAUGCUAUGUGGAAAAUUAGUUUGUACAUGGCCACAUAAGGAGAUAAUUUCAAGAGCAAAUUUUUCUGUAAUUUACUCACAUGUACGAGAUCAAAUGUGUGUAUCUACAUAUCCUGCUGGUCGGAAACCAGCUCAUGAUACGUUGACCACUUACAAAACUCCUGAAGACAGAGAUGAAACCUUUGUAGAAGAUGGCACCAUGUGUGGUCCUGACAUGUAUUGUGAAAGAAUGCAGUGUAAAGAAGUUCGGUUCAUUAUAGAUGACAGUAUUUGCAAUGCUACUAGAAAUUGUGAUAACCAUGGGGUUUGCAACAAUUUUAACCAUUGCCAUUGUGAGGAAGGAUACACCCCUCCUGACUGUGCAAAGAAGGCUGGGGGAUUUGGAAGUGUUGAUGAUGGACAUGAAAUUAAAAUGGCUGGAAAAUCUGCAGAUAGAGGUCCUGGUAGUUCACAAAAACAAUACUUUCAAGUCAGUUUGUACGUUUCCGUACCUCUGCUUAUCAUUACUAUUGCCCUUUUAAUUAAUCAGGAUAAAAUAAGAAAGCAAUGCUUCAGAGAGGAAAGUGAAGCUGACAGAUCUAUGGAAGAAGAAAACACUACCACUAGCAGCAUCAAGUCAUCCCCCACUGAAAACAACAGUUCCUAACUACCUUGAAUGCUAAUAUCUGAGAGAGAAGAAAGUACCAAAUCUAUCAUCAUAAACUGGCUUGAAUCAAGAAGGAAAAAAC